AUGGCUCCCACUACGCUGCAGCCGUUGACAUUCAAUGACCCUGGCGACCUCCGAAUCGUCCUCGUGCCAACCUCUGACGAUGGCGACACCGUUUCAGAACACCCACCUUCGGUGGUUAACCACCGGUUUUCGACCGAUAGCUACAGGUCCUACAAGGCACCAAACCAAGACAUCCCGACACACCCCGUCCCGGCUAUGCAAGAAGCCUUCGCCGAGUCUUUGGACGAAGUCACCAGUGGUGGCGAUGGGCCCGGUAAACCUAAACUAAGAGAUCUCGACGCACAGGGGCGUCGAGCGAGGCUACUUGAGCAAGACGCCGAGGAUGAGCCUUACGACACGACAUGGCGUUAUCGGCCGGGCCAGCAACAGCACGAAAUGUACAAGCUCAUUUCGCAAAUCACGUUUGGCGUCUACCUCCUUCUCAACAGCCUGGCUGCCGACAAUGGACAGGUCGUGACAAUUCUUCAGGGGCAUAUCGAUGAGGUGGACGAGUUUCUUGAGGUGAUGCUUGAGGACUUUGCCCAGGCUCACAAGGACCUCACAGAGCGUAUUGCCCAUCUUCAACUCCCCAUGGCCAACAGGCAGGCUUUUGAGGGUAUGCUCGAGGAUCGCAACUUUCGAGCCCAGAUUCUGUCAGGGAACGAAAAGAUUGACCACAUUCUCGCCCGGACCAACGCCGCCAUGAAGCAGUGGGACGACGAUAUCGAUGCUGGCCUCCGAUCGAGCGAGGCAUUCAUGGAAUGGCUCAAUGAGCACAAGGACACCAAGUGGCCAGACUCUGAACCAGAUCUGAACAGCAUUUUUCUAGCCAUGAAGGGCAAUGCCGACGGCUGGCUCAACGCAUUUGACGAAUUGAACAAUCAGGCGCAGGAUCUAAACGGCUUGAUCAUCAAGCUCAUGACCAUUGUGGCCGAGAUGGAAAAGACGGCCGGCGAGGUCAGCCGUAAAACUUGGGCAACAAUUCCACCCUUUUCCUUGCCCGUGAAUGCUCCUCGUGACUCAACAGCAAGCUCCUCCUCACCGUCGAUCAAAUCGGAUCCCAAGUCCACACCUGUGGCUAGCAUUCGCAGCUCCAAGUCGACUACAACCCUCCCGGCUGCCAGCCUCAAAGCUAAAGACCCCGAAGUCAAUACUCUCAACGACGUCAGCACUCUUAGCGACUUUCCUCUGCCAGGGGCAGCACCUUUGCUACCACCAACUCGAUUCACCCCUCGUCCAUCACCAAACCUCAGUACCUCGUCCUCCUCUUCUGGACCCCAUCUCAGCGCUUCGUCACCCGUAUCGUCUGGUGCUACCACCCCUAAGGCGUCUGUCACGGAGGAAAAGCAGGAGGAACCCGAGGCCGGUGACGAUCUUGGCGGACUUAACGAUGGACCGUUGUUCAUCCUUCAGCCACGAACCUACACGCCGCAACCGCCUGCCACACCCGUGACGCCUGUGGUUAAGAGCCCUGAAUCACCCAAAUUUGAAGAACAAUUCCAAAGGCAGACUCUUACACAGCCUAUCCGAGAACCUGUAGGACUUGCACAGCCCGUUCGGGAAUCAACAGGAUAUGCAGAGCCUGUCCGGGAGUCGGUAGGAUUUACACAGUCUGUCCGGGAAUCAGUGGGAUUGGAGAAGAGGACAUCUUUGCGGCAGCGUGUGUCACAGAAAACAACACCGCCCGUAUCUAUCCAAAUUCCUCCAAGGAACACCAUCGAGAUACAGUCAUCGCUGCGGCCAUCUCCUGGAGGCAUAACGCCACGUACCUCGAAAUCGCAAGCUCCCGACUACUCGCAUGCCUCAGAUCUUGAAGCUUACCAGCCUCACCGUCUUCCUCGAGCCACCUCACACGCAGACUUCGGGACUCCUCCUGUGCGUCCUCUCAUGCCCUCGCCUCAUUCUGAACAUCACCAAUUUUAUCAUAAUACGAUUCCUGUCCGUGCAUCACCCCACUCUCCCCUGCAGCAGAGGCCGCAUACUGCAGGUCCGGCCGAUCAGUACCAUCAAUCGGGAUAUUUUCCUGGACACCAACGCAACCAGCCAUCUCGAAUGGGUGCCAUGAGCACGCUAAGCAGUGUGACAACGGCGACUUAUGACGAUGCUGCUACCGUGACAUCGCGGGCUACAACCCAAGCUGGAGGCAAGCGGGUCAAGAAGAAGAAGAGUGCCUUUGGGUGGCUCAAGAAGGCGUUUAGCAUGGACGAGGACGAAAAGGCAGAGUAUGAGGCACGCAGAGCCAUGCAGUACCGCGACAACUACUACGAUGGGCACAGCCCCAAGUUCCUGGACGGAAGGAGAAUUCGAUAACUCGCUGGGAGCGAGUGUCUCUUGGAAACCUACCUAUACUUACCUACCUACCUAUUGGGCCUAACAUGCCGCCCGUUUCACGCAAAGUCGUUUUUGCGAAUUGAUACCCGGCGACAGCCAUCGCCUGAUUUUGCAACAUCAGCCAUCAUCUCAUUAUCAUCUUGGAUCUACUCUCGAUCACAUUUACAAAUCACAUCUCAGCAUGCCUGAUGGCAUAACAUGCUUGGCCUUCUUAGGCAUUCGUUUAUACUUGAAUGCCACAAGUUCUGGGAACAGUAAUUGUUUCUUCCCCAUCUACCUAGCAUAUCAUCUUGGUCAGCCGGCACUGGAGGCGUUUCUGGCUUGGGUUAUACGGUAGCCGACGUUGUUAAUCUACUAUGGCGAUCUUGUUUGUAUGGACCGGAUUAGCUGAAUACUCUUUGGAUUGGACACUGGGGGCGAUGCUGGACAGUAGGCAGCUAUGUAGUGA